AUGCGCAACGCGAGCGGCGAGCGGGCGGGGGCCAUGCCGGACGGGGCGGACCCGUGGGCCGAGUACCCCUUCUCCGCGCCGGUGCUGACCGGCAUCACGGUCACCUGCGUGCUGCUCUUCGUGGUGGGCAUCGGCGGCAACGUCCUGACCAUGCUGGUAGUGUCGCGCUGCCGGGCCAUGCGGACCACCACCAACCUCUACCUGUCCAGCAUGGCCUUCUCCGACCUGCUCAUCUUCCUGUGCAUGCCCCUCGACCUCCUGCGCCUCUGGCAGGCGCGGCCCUGGACCCUGGGCGACCUGCUGUGCAAGCUCUUCCAGUUCGUGAGCGAGAGCUGCACCUACUCCACCAUCCUCAACAUCACGGCACUGAGCGUGGAGCGCUACCUGGCCAUCUGCUUCCCGCUGCGCGCCAAGGUGGCCAUCACCAAGGGCAAGGUCAAGCUGGUCAUCCUCGGCCUCUGGGCCGUGUCCUUCGCCAGCGCCGGGCCCAUCUUCGUCCUGGUGGGGGUCGAGCACGACAACGGCACCAGCCCGGCCAGCACCGAGGAGUGCCGCGCCACCGAGUAUGCCAUCCAGUCCGGCCUGCUCACCGUCAUGGUGUGGACAUCCAGCGUCUUCUUCUUCCUGCCCGUCUUCUGCCUGACCGUGCUCUACAGCCUCAUCGGGAGGAAGCUGUGGAGGAGGAAGAGGAAGAACAUGGGGCCCAGCGCCUCGGUCAGGGACAAGAACAACAGGCAGACUGUCAAGAUGUUAGCGGUGGUGGUGUUUGCUUUCAUACUCUGCUGGUUGCCUUUUCAUGUGGACCGAUACUUGUUUUCCAAAUCUUUUGAGGCUGGAUCCUUGGAGAUAGCUGUAAUUAGCCAGUAUUGCAACUUGGUGUCCUUUGUCCUCUUCUACCUUAGUGCUGCCAUCAACCCCAUUCUGUACAAUAUUAUGUCUAAGAAGUAUCGAGCUGCUGCUUGCCAACUGUUUGGACUCAAACCACUCCCAAAGAAAAGACUCUCUGCUACAAAACAAGGAAGUGCUCUCGCUUGGACAGAAUCUAGUGUUAUUACCUGACAACUGAUUGUAAGUGCUGAAGCAUCCCUUACCAGUCCUGCCCAGAAAGCCAUAAGAAAAGGAAAACAAGCCCAAACUGCUCAAAGAAAAGUGUAAAGCGGUAUCUCUUUUCAUCAUCAGGGGUUGCUGAAAGUUAUAAUAUAGACAGUUAAAGGUAAGAAAAAAAUGAGUUGAGUUCUGGGCUUGUACAAGGAGAUUUAUGUUUGCAAAACUCGGCAAUAUUCUCCUACUGCCUUUAUUGCAUUUUGGGGGGAGGUUUUGAGGGGGAGGGGGGUUUGCAGACACUGGGCACAUGCACACAAGAUGCUUAC